CGCGGUGGGCGUGGCGCCUGACCGUGCCGCAGCGCGUGCGGGGCCGGGGGCCCUCUGAUUGGCUAAAGCGCGCCGGCCGGCCUUAGAGGGGCGCGAGGGUCCCUUUCUUUUCCUUCCCGAACAGAGGCACCGGCGGCGGGUGGAGAGAAAGCUGGGCUGCCCUUGGAUUUCAGGAGAAGCGGAGGAGGAUGGCGGAGGAGGAAGAAGAGAGUUUUCCAAGAAGGAGUUAAUUCUGGAGAGCAGUCUGUGACAUUAUGGCUCUGUACCAAGGGGAAAAUUACCCUGCGGAUGAAACGAGGAGCCUAACACCUAGGAUGAAAGAUAUAUCUACCGCUGUUGCACCAGUGAUAACAUUUACCCAGGACUGAAGCCUUUUCAGAUGGCCGUUUAGUGGACUGGAAGUAUUAAAACAAGUUCUGAAAACUGCAGAUUGAUGCAAGCAAUUUCAAAAUCUCAGGUAUAAAGUAAAAAUGGUGCAGAAAUAUCAAUCUCCUGUUCGAGUCUACAAAUACCCCUUUGAGCUCGUCAUGGCGGCUUAUGAAAAACGCUUCCCCACUUGCCCCGAGAUCCCGGUUUUCCUGGGUAGUGAGAUUCUUCGGGAAUCCAAGAGUGAUGAUGGAGCCCUUCAUAUCAUUGAGCGAAGUUGCAAAUUAAAUGUGGAUGUGCCUCGAUUGCUGAAGAAGAUUGCUGGUGUAGAGUAUGUCUUCUUCAUACAGAAAAACACAGUGAACUGGAAAGAGAGGACUCUCCUUAUUGAGGCUCAUAAUGAGACAUUUGCCAGUCGGGUCAUGGUGCUGGAGACCUGUAGCUACUCAGUUCACCCUGAGAACGAAAACUGGACAUGCUUUGAACAGUCUGCAUCUCUUGACAUCAAAUCAUUCUUUGGCUUUGAAAACACGGUGGAGAAGGUUGCCAUGAAGCAAUACACAGCCAACAUCAAGCGGGGCAAAGAAGUCAUCGAACAUUAUCUGAAGGAGCUGAUUUCCCAAGGGAUCACUUUUAUUCCCCGGUGGACUCCUCCUGCAGAAAAGGGGGAACCCGACCCGAGGACUCCAUCCAGGCGCAGCAGUGGCACCCUUCUGCCAGAAUCCCACUUGCAUGGAAGUGAGAAGGAGCAGCGAGGCACCAGCUGUCCUUCUGGGGAGGCAUCCACUCCUGAUGCUGACAAGCUGGAUACUGAUUAUAUCGAAAGGUACCUUGGGCAGCUGACUCCCAUGCAGGAAAGCUGCCUGAUCAGACUCCGGCAGUGGCUGCAAGAAACGCACAAAGGCAAGAUUCCCAAAGAUGAACACAUCCUCCGAUUUCUGCGGGCCCGCGACUUCAAUAUCGACAAGGCCCGAGAGAUGCUCUGCCAGUCGCUGACCUGGCGCAAGCAGUACCAAGUGGACUACAUCCUGCAAACGUGGCGGCCUCCGUCCCUCCUGGAGGAAUAUUAUACCGGCGGGUGGCAUUACCACGACAAAGAUGGAAGACCCCUCUACAUUCUUCGACUGGGUCAAAUGGACACUAAAGGACUUGUGAAGGCCCUGGGAGAAGAAUCUCUCCUUCGUCAUGUGCUAUCAAUCAAUGAAGAAGGACAAAAGAGGUGUGAAGAAAAUACCAAUCUCUUUGGCCGCCCCAUCACAUCCUGGACUUGCCUCGUUGACCUCGAAGGGCUGAACAUGCGCCACCUCUGGCGCCCUGGAGUGAAAGCACUGCUCCGUAUCAUUGAGGUUGUCGAAGACAACUACCCAGAGACCCUCGGAAGGCUUCUGAUUGUGCGUGCGCCCAGGGUGUUCCCUGUUCUGUGGACUCUGGUCAGUCCUUUUAUCAAUGAGAAUACCAGGCAGAAAUUCCUCAUUUACAGUGGCAACAACUAUCAGGGUCCUGGAGGGCUCGUAGACUACAUUGACAAAGACGUGAUUCCAGAUUUCCUGGGAGGAGAGUGUGUGUGUAAUGUGCCUGAAGGUGGUCUUGUCCCCAAAUCGCUGUAUCAAACAGAUGAAGAGCCGGAGAUUUCUGACCACAUACGUCUCUGGACGGAAACCAUCUACCACUCUGCAAAUGUUUUCAAAGGGGCUCCCCAUGAGAUAGUGGUGGAGAUCUUGGAAGGGGAGUCCGUAAUCACCUGGGACUUCGAUAUCUUGAAGGGAGAUGUAGUCUUCAGCCUCUUCCAUUCCAAGCGAGCACCUGAGACCAGCCGGAAGGAGCCUGCUAUGCCCAAUGCAUUGUCCACUGGGGAUAACGUCCAGCUGAUCGGCAAGAGCUGGAUCCUGGGAGUGGACUAUAGCCGCGUGGAGUCUCCCCUCACCUGCCGGGAAGGUGAAAGCAUACAGGGUUCCCACGUGACUCGCUGGCCAGGCUUUUAUAUCCUUCAGUGGAAAAUGCACAGCCCAAGCCCCUGUGCUGGGAGCAGCCUCUCUCGGGUGGACGAUGUCCUGGCCACGCUCCAAGUCUCCAACCACAAGUGCAAGAUCAUGUAUUACUACGAAGUGUUGGCUUCCAAGGAGUUCAGGGGGUCCAUGACAAGCCUGGAAUCUUGCAACAGUGGCUUUUCACAGCUGAGUGGAGUGACCACAUCUUCCAACCAAUCCCAGAGCAGCUCCCUGAUUUCUAGAUAGCACCAUCUAGGAGCAGCUUAAAGAUGAAGGAGAGAACUGCUAGGACCAGAUGCCUUUCUCAGGGCUGACCUGACCUGACCCUCGAUGGAGCCAAAGAGCCCUGAAUGAUGAGGCCUAGGAAGGGCCAUCCGGAGAACCACAAAUCCGGACCUGAUGGGAGCUGCUUGAAGUUGUCAUUUUUUCUCUCUCCCUGGGAAUAAUUCCCAAUCUUGAAAACUGGGGAUUGGGUAUGAACAGACCUGUGCAUUAGAAUGCAUCAUAUCACUUUCUGGGUUUUUUUUUGUUUGUUUUGCAUGGAUUUUACACGAUUCCUAUGGUUAAAGGGCUCUUUCCUGCUGGCAUAACUCUACACAGACGUGGAGCUAUGUGGCAUUGCCUUACCUACUAGGAGACUGCGGAGCUGUCUUUUCUCGUGUAGCAAAAAAAUUAACCUUGGGACAUUUUUGUGGUGCCAUUUUAAACAAGGUGCAGAAGGUUCCUUGGUAGCAGGGCUAAGAUGCGGAACGCUACUGUGUACCUGAAUAGAUUUGAGGCGAGGGGAGGGAUAGACCAGACUUCUAUUAGGAAAGUUAAUCUCAGCUGUUACAGGGCUGGCUAUUGCCGUCUUAUACCCUUUGGCCCCUGUGAACGGGCCAGAAAGAUACACACGUUUCCCUGCACUGAAAUAGCUUCUUUUCUUAAAGGAGUCAGCCCUGAUUGCCCCCCUUUCCUUCCUCAGGUCUAUGAGCAAUAAAUGAGUCGAUCUCGGCCCCGUCCCUGGUCUCAGGGCUAGUAAGCGGGUGCCAUGACCAAGGGCUACGCAAAGCAAUAUUUGAUUUCUACAGGCACAAAAGCUCUUCUGCCGUGUCGGAGAAGCUGCUGUUAUUUAUUUUUGGAAGCAGGAGCUAUAACACAAGCCAGGGGGGUGGGCACUUUAAGUGUGUUUGUGGCCAAGUGCGAGUGUCUUAUAACCUAUAUUCUCAAGGCGUAUUUAUUCCAGUAGGAUUACAGCAUAAUAACGUAUUUGUAAUGUAUUUUAUAAGUCAAUAAUUUAUUAAGGGAUAUUCCCACUCUUUUCUGUGCUGGGACAGGAAAGAGAUGAGUGUGUGUGUGUGUGAUCACCUUCAGCUUUAUAAUGUUUUGCAGAAACGUGGUUUAGUAACCGAUAUAUUUGGAGCUCCGUUACACAGAAUUAACUGCACGGGUCUCCCCAAUUUAAUUGCUUGCAUCUAAGAAUUUGGUUUUAAGUCUUAACAGGAGAAACCGCUCUGUUGAAGAAGGCUGUGAAUUAUCAAUAGUUUUUUUGUUUUGCUAAGUUACUGAUAUUCUGAAAACAGCAUUAAGUACUGAGCACAUAUCUGUAUCUAGCAGGCAUUAUAUGAUUGCUCUGUGCAGUGAAACUAUAGGCUGAAAAGCUCUCUAAAUAUGGGCUCUUUUAGGCAAAGUUAUUUUUCUUGCAGCUGGGGUUAUUUAAUGAGAUAGCAAUCCAGUUCUGUUUCUAAAUGCUUUUACUGUGUUUCCUAUAAUCCAAUGCUUUUCUAGGAUGGGAAGGGGACAUUAACCUGGGCUAGUCAUUUCAUCAAGGUUUCACUAUUUCUCUCUGCAUAAAAGUGGCAGGGAAUUAGCUUCCCAAGCUUCCCUUGAAAGUCUCGUUCCCAGCACUCAUUAAUUUAAGCACUGAUCAUGAGCAUGAUGACUCUCGCAUUGACUACGAACCUGGGAGAAACUUGAUCCCAAAUAUGAUUGAAUUAUGGAGGAUAUUCCAUAGUCUAAAUGGGAAUAGCCCAUAACUGGACUGUACUUCUUCUGUUUUCUCCAAGUCAAUUGGAAAUGUAAUACAAAGACAACUCCCUGCUCUUCCUAUAAAUGGCUCGGUAUAUGAAUAUUGAACUUACCUUGUUGCCUCCAUCUUAUAAUUAGGAGCCCCCGGUGGCACAAUAGGUUAAACCCUUGUGGCGGCAGAACUGCUGACCAAAAGUUUGACAGUUUGAAUCCAGGGAGCGGGGUGAACUCUCAUCUGUCAGCUCCAGCUUUAAUAAUAAUAAUAAUAAUAAUAAUAAUAAUAAUAAUAAUAAUACUUUAUUUAUAACCCACUCUAUCUCCCCAAGGGAACUCAAAGAAAACCCCAUGAAAUUUAUGGGAUUGGCAAAUGUUUUGAAAGCACAUAGAGCAGAUCCAUUGGCUCAAUGCAAGUUUGUAAAUACCAUUUGAUUCAGUGCAUCUCAAAAGUUGGGACUAGCAGAUGGCUUUAGGACAAAUAAUUCCUCUACUAACCCUCAUCCUGUCCUUUCCCACAUAGUAGGCAUUGUUGUGACCAAUGCAAUGGAGUGCAGUUUUAUCAGAGCAUUUCUCAGCGCAGGAUCGCAGGACUCUGCCAGAAGCUAGAAAAAGAUUUGUGCUAAGCCUAUGCAAGUGUCGGUGAAGUAAGUUUUAUUUUUCAGGGUAUGAGAUUUGUAUCAUUAGGUUCCGGCACAGCACUAGAUUAUUCCUAGUUGUAGGUUCCGCAACGAUUUAUAGUGCAUGCUUUGAUGAACAUGGAGCCAGUUGGGAUAAAGGUUGCAUAAGGAGAUUAUCCUCCUCCCUUUCAGGACUUGGGUUUGGGAUCGCUUGGUGGAAUGGAUUCAUGACAGGAUUGGGAAAGACCCAAGUAUUUAUUAGUACCAUCUCUGAGAAACUUUUGUGAUGCUCUGUCCAAAGAUGUUGACCGGAGACAUAGAAGGAAGGGGUGAGGGGUUGGUUUUUAUGGGAAGAGCCUUUGAGGCCAUGCGUACAUCCUUUUACUUCAGUUUCCAUUAGACUAGUUAGCAGUGUGGGUUUGGAGCUGUGUGGAAGAAGAGAAGUGCUCCUAGAGUAAGGGCUUCUACUGCUACCGGUCCAAAUACAUUGUACAAUGAUUCCAUCUUUUCCUCCCCAAAUGCCUUGAUCAGCAAGUACUUUUUACUGGUGAACCUUAAAGAUGCAAAAUGGGAGUAUAGUAGCCAUUCCUAAAGUGGAUUCCUCAGCCUAGGUUCUUAUGUAGAGAUCUAUUUCAUAUUUAAGAUAGGCUCAGAGUAAAUCUGGGGAGCAGGUAGGUUCAGGCUGUGGGUCCUGAUGCUGAUAUGUGCAGAUAAUAUGUUGAAAUUAAGUGCCAAAUGCAUUAAACUGUCUCUGAUCCUAUUAGACUCCUCUCCUUUCCCUUUUGUUGCGUGAAGAAUUGUCUGAACCAUUAUACUGUGACCUUUAACAAGCAAAAAUAUAUAUAUAGGGGGAAAAUACUGUAUAAAUAACUAACCAUAUUACGAGUAUGGUAAAGGCUAUCUUAAGAAGGACAUUUUACGGAGAAUUUGCAAAUAGUGCACUUGUCUCUCAGUAGAGCUGCUCAAUUUAAUCCCAGAUGAUAUAUGUCUGUAUCCACAGGCAUUUAACUGGUGCCAGUAUAAUUACGAGGCAGCUUCAACAAGAAUUUUGAAAGCACCAACAACAAUACACUGGCAUUUGUUUCCUCUUUUAAUGGACACUCCUUCCUAUUAGCAAAAAAUAAAAGUGGUGUUCAAAAUGCUUUUUGUAUGCAUGUUGGUAAGUCAACAAAUGUGACGCAAAAGCUAUGGUUGGUGGCAUCACGGCCAGGGACUGGAUGUUACUAAUGUCUUUCUGUUUUCCAUUUUUGCUGUAAUUUAAAAAUAAAUCAUCUGGAAAGGA